GCAGCGGUCUCUGCCAUGGCGCCCCCGGGCCAGCUCCUGGUGCUGCUCUGGCUGUGCCUGGUGGCCGUGGCCCUGCCCGGUACGGGUGCCGGCUCCGGGCGGUUCUGGCACCUCACGGACCUGCACUGGGACCCGGAGUACGAGGCGGCGGCGGCAGCGGGCCGGCCGUGCCCCUCGGGCGGCGGUCGGGCCGAGCCCGCCGGGCCGUGGGGCAGCUACGUGUGCGAUGCGCCCUGGAGCCUGCUCCGCUCGGCCGCCCGGGCCAUGCGCGCCCACCUGCCCGCGCCCGACUUCGUGCUCUGGACCGGAGAUGACACUCCCCAUGUCCCCAACGAGCAGCUGGGAGAAGAAAAGGUUCUGCACAUAAUAGCAAAUCUGACUUCUCUGAUAACAGAGACAUUUCCAGGUACCAAGGUCUAUGCAGCCAUGGGCAAUCAUGACUUCCACCCCAAGAAUCAGUUUCCUGGGAAGGAGCACAGGAUCUACAACCAAACAGCAGAGCUGUGGCGGCCCUGGCUGAGUGAUGCCUCCCUUCCUCUCUUCAGAACAGGAGCUUUCUACAGCGAGAAGCUGCCUGGCCCAGGGACGAGGGGACGGGUGGUUGUCCUCAACACCAACCUCUACUAUGACCAGAAUGAGGAGACAGCUGCUGAGGAGGACCCUGGGGGGCAGUUCCAGUGGCUGGAAGAAACUCUGACCAACGCCUCCAGAGCAGAUGAAAUGGUUUACAUUGUGGGCCAUGUCCCUCCUGGCUUCUUCGAGAAGACACGGGGCAAGCCCUGGUUCAGGAGGGGCUUCAACCAGCGCUACCUGGGCAUUGUGCAGAGGCACCACAGGGUGAUUGCUGCCCAGUUCUUUGGGCACCAUCACACUGACAGCUUUAGGAUGUUCUACAGCCACACAGGUGCUCCAAUCAAUGUCAUGUUCCUGGCCCCUGGAGUGACUCCCUGGAAAACAACAUUGCCUGGAGUGAGCAAUGGAGCCAACAACCCUGCCAUUCGUGUGGUUCACUAUGAUCAGGACACCCUGCAGGUCUUGGAUAUGGUGACUUACUACUUGAACCUGACUCGUGCCAACAGGAUGGGCUCAGCAGGGUUCCCAGAGUGGGAGGAGGAGUACAGGCUCACAGAGGCCUUCCAGGUCCCUGAUGGCUCUGCAGCCUCCAUGCAGAGAGUGCUGGAGAAGAUCUCCAGGGACCCCCAGUACCUGCAGCUGUACUAUGAGCUGAACUCUGCCAGGUAUGACCUGGAGCUGUGCCAGCAGGAAUGCCGUGUGGAUCACCUGUGUGCCAUCAGGGAAAUGGAUUUUACAAAGUAUGAUGAGUGUGUGAAAACCAACAGCUCUGCCUCUGCUGCCAGCAGUGUCUGCCUUUUGGUUUUCUGCAUUUUCUUGGGAUUGCUCCAUCCUCAGUGAGUGCUGUGAUGGCAAGAGCAAGAGAAAAGAAGGAAGGCACAAGAUUACACUACACUGCAUGGGAAUUGGUGGUUUUGGCAUUGAGAACUUGCUUGCAAAGCAGGACAAAAUUGUCAAUGUUCACUAAAAGCCUUGUGAUGCU